AUGUCUUCUCUAUCUGUGAAGUAUCUUCUGUACGCUCCAUUAGCUGCACAAGUAGCGUAUUCGUUAGCAUACCAAGAAGAUUACUCGAGGGCUUUUUGGUGUCUCAAUAUCCUCAUCAUCUGUGGACUCAAAGGCCUCGUACAUGUCUUUUGGAGCGUAUACAACAACAUGCUCUGGGUGAGUCGUAUGCUAAGGAUUAACCCUAAAGGUGUUGACUUCAAACAGAUUGAUCACGAAUGGCACUGGGACAACUACAUACUUCUGCAAGCAAUACUAGCUACCAUGAUCUGUUACAUGUCUCCUCCGUUGAUGAUGAUUAACAGUACUAUCCCUCUGGCCAUCCCUCUGUGGAACACAAAAGGACUCAUCGUGUUGCUUGUGCUACACGUGACCUUCUCAGAGCCUUUAUACUACUUUCUUCAUAGAUCUGUUCAUCGUAACAACUACCUCUUCACGCAUUACCACUCUUUCCACCACUCGUCUCCUGUUCCAAAUCCCAUGACUGCUAAUAAUGCGACGUUAUUGGAAAGCCUUCUCCUCUGUGUAGUAGCUGGAGCUCCUUUGAUUGGGUCUUGCUUGCUAGGUGUUGGAUCAAUAAGCUUGAUCUACGGAUACGCUAUCACGUUUGACUUCCUAAGAUGUUUAGGACAUUGUAACGUUGAGAUCUUCUCUCACAAGCUGUUCGAGACUCUUCCAAUCCUACGAUAUCUCAUCUACACUCCAACGUACCAUAGUCUGCAUCAUCAAGACAUGGAGACCAACUUUUGUCUCUUCAUGCCUAUCUUUGAUGUUUUAGGCAACACACUAAACCCAAACUCGUGGGAACUCCAGAAGAAGAAUCGUUUAGCUGCAGGGGAACGGAAGAGAGUGCCAGAGUUUGUGUUCUUGGCUCAUGGGGUAGAUGUGAUGUCAGUGAUGCACGCACCUUUCGUGUUUAGAUCGUUUGGUUCAAUUCCAUACACCAUGAGGUUCUUCUUGCUGCCGAUGUGGCCAGUCACGUUCAUGGUAAUGUUAGGCAUGUGGAUUCGGUCAAAGACAUUUCUUUUCACCUUCUAUGCCCUCAGGAACCAUCUUUGCCAGACUUGGGCCGUUCCAAGACUUGGCUUCCACUACUUCUUACCGUUUGCUAAACAAGGCAUUAAUAAUCAUAUAGAGACGGCAAUUCUGAGAGCUGAUAAGCUUGGUGUUAAAGUUAUAAGCUUGGCUGCUCUAAACAAGAACGAAGCUUUAAAUGGAGGUGGAACGUUGUUUGUCAACAAGCACCCUGACCUUAAAGUUCGUGUGGUCCACGGCAACACUUUAACCGCAGCAGUGAUUCUCAAUGAAAUUCCGAAAGAUGUGAAAGAGGUGUUCUUGACAGGAGCCACUUCUAAGUUAGGACGAGCCAUCGCUCUUUACCUCUGUCGUCGGGGAGUGAGAGUUCUCAUGUUGACAUUAUCGGUGGAGAGAUUCCAAAAGAUUCAGAAAGAAGCUCCCUCUAAGUUCCAGAAGUACCUCGUACAAGUGACCAAAUACAACUCUGCCCAGCACUGCAAGACUUGGAUCGUUGGGAAAUGGUUAACGCCGAGGGAGCAGAGCUGGGCUCCUGCAGGAACGCAUUUCCACCAGUUUGUGGUGCCACCAAUCCUAAAGUUUAGAAGGAACUGUACUUACGACGAACUAGCAGCAAUGAGGCUUCCAAAAGACGUUCAAGGACUCGGAACCUGCGAGUACACGAUGGACAGAGGGGUGGUCCAUGCGUGCCAUGCUGGAGGAUUGGUUCAUAUGCUGGAGGGUUGGGAGCAUCAUGAGGUUGGAGCCGUUGACGUUGACCGUAUUGAUAUCGUGUGGGAAGCAGCCAUGAGACACGGUCUUAGCUCUGUAUCUUCACUCACAGAUUGAGUGGGAGAGACCCUUUUGGUAUUGUCUUUGAUUCUUCCAAGAUUGGCCAUUCUUUGUACAGGUGAAAGAUACAAGCAGGGAAACAAGUAGAAUUUCACCUUAUGUUAUUGAUUCACCUUUUAAAAAAAUGUAUUUUCUAUUGUCCACUGAAUUAGAUGUUUUACCAUUUUCACACACUUCAAAAGAAAUUUGUCAUACCAAAAAUAAUUUUCUUAAUAUCAUAAUUUUCAAAGAACUAACUGAUUAUAGAUAGUAACAGUUUUAAUUUAAUAGGAUAAAAUGGAUUCAGAAAAAUUGUAAUCUUUGAAAACAUACAGCUUCUACUUUUGUGAAACAAAUUAAAAUUUCAAAAAUAUCCACUUAUAAAAUUUUCUUCAAUAUUUACUGGGGGUGAUUGGUUAGCCUGUAACUGUAUAAAUUUUACUGUAGAAUUUGGGCUGUAUGAAUUUUUGAUUUAGAUUUAUGGGAUGUAGCUUUAAAAUUUCAUAUAGCUAAAAAAAAUGAGGUUUUAGAAAAUAAGGUUGUUACAGCUAUUUUUUUAUUUUUUUUGGUUGUAGGUUUAAAAACCAAUAUAAAACAUGAUUAGUGAUUUUAAAGACUGUAGGUAAAAAUUAAAGUUAAAGCCACUUCGUACAGCCCAACCAAUCACCCCAUUAUAUAUAUGUAUCUAAUUUCCAAGAAAAAUUGUAGUUAGGACAAUCAAAGAACAAAGUGUCUUCAAAGUUACUGUCCUCAGUUACAUUUGAUUUGAUUAGUCAUGGAGGAUUUAACAUUAUCAGUUGAGAGUUAAAGAAGGGAAUAUCACAGGAACAUAAUACCUAAAAGGUACCUUUCUGCUCGCGUUUUGAGACCAAAAACAUUGGUCCAACGUUGAAGAGCAAACCAAACCAGAUACUUUACUCGGUACAUCGAGUUCGAUAGGUCCCUCAUUGGUCAAUAAAGCAGUGCCAAAGAAUAUCUAUCUUCUGAUCCAGAACAGCCUAAUGCUUCUUUGU